AUGGUUGAGAUUUUAUUUUUGAAAAAUAAUUUGUCACAAUCAUUGCAAAAGGGGGAUCAAAAUAUUGUGCAUGUCAUAGAACUUGUCCAAAUAUGCAAGAAAAAGUUACAAGAAUUUAGAGAUGGUGAAUGGAAAACACUUUAUGAGCAAGUUGUGAAUUCUUGUGGUAAUAAUGAAAUUGAUGUGCCUGACAUGGAGUCUUGGACUCUUGUUCGAACAAAGAAGCAUAAGACAUUUAGGUUUGUGUACACACUUGUCAAACUAGCUUUCUCCUUACCAGUGGUCACUGCGAGUGUUGAGCGAGUAUUCUCGGAGAUGAAAUAUGUUAAGAAUGAGUUAAGAAGUAGAAUGGCUAGUCCAUGGCUAAAUGAUUGCUUAGUAACAUUUGUGGAGAAAGAGGUGUUUAAUACAAUCGAUGAUAUGGAUAUCAUCAAGCGUUUCCAAGGAAUGAACAAGAGAAGAAUGCAUUUACGAUUAGACUAG